UUUCCGACAGCACUUUAAGGCAGCACUACUUACAAGUUUAGCGGCACCGAGUCGCUCCGAGCAAACAAACAAACAAACAAACAAACAAACCAACCAACCUGCGGACCAAACAAAGUAAUAGUAAACAAAUAUGAAACGUCCCGGACAUGUAAUAACAGCGUUUUUAACAACAUCUACUCUUCUACUUUGCCUGUAUUCAGUCAGAGGUGAUUACUGCGAGGUGAAUCUUUGCCACAAUGGAGGAACAUGUGUGACAGGUGUAGGAGAGGAUCCCUUCAUCUGUAUCUGCGCAGAUGGCUUUGGUGGAGACACCUGCAACCUGACAGAGACAGGACCCUGCAGCCCUAACCCCUGUAAAAACGAUGGGUUGUGCGAGGUCAUUGCUCCAACCAGACGAGGUGAUGUUUUCAACGAGUACAUCUGCAAGUGUCAACCCAGCUUCGAGGGAGCGCACUGCCAUAUCAAUGUGAAUGACUGUGCCAGCCAACCUUGUAAGAAUGGAGGGACAUGCAGAGAUCUUGAUGGCGACUACACCUGCCAGUGCCCCUCACCAUAUGUUGGAAAGCAAUGCCAGCUACGUUGCAUUUCUCUGCUGGGGAUGGAGGGAGGUGCAAUUGUGGAGUCCCAGAUUUCUGCUUCCUCCGUGCACUACGGCAUCCUGGGUCUCCAGCGCUGGGGUCCAGAGUUGGCUCGCCUCAACAACCAAGGCAUCGUCAACGCCUGGACAUCAGCUGCCCAUGACAGGAACCCCUGGAUCGAGAUUAACUUGCAGAAGAAGAUGCGUCUGACGGGCAUCAUCACUCAGGGUGCCAGUCGCAUGGGCGCAGCUGAGUACAUCAAGGCCUUCAAGGUGGCGAGCAGCUUUGAUGGAAACACUUAUACCACUUACAGAACGGAUGGUCAGCGGAGGGACAUGGUUUUUGUGGGCAACAUAGAUAACGACAGUACAAAGACCAACCUUUUUGACCCGCCAAUCAUGGCCCAGUACAUCCGCAUCAUCCCUGUGGUUUGCCGCAGGGCCUGCACGCUGCGCAUGGAGCUGGUGGGCUGUGAACUCAAUGUUUAUUCAAACACGGCAGGUUGCUCAGAGCCUUUGGGGAUGAAGUCUCGCCUCAUCUCAGAUGGGCAGCUUUCAGCCUCCAGCUCUUUCCGCACGUGGGGCAUUGAUACCUUCACGUGGCACCCUCAGUUUGCCCGGCUGGAUAAGCAGGGAAAGACCAACGCCUGGUCUCCUGCCCAUAACAACCGCUCUGAGUGGAUCCAGGUUGAUCUAGAGAAGACAAAGCGCCUCACAGGCAUCAUCACUCAGGGGGCAAAGGACUUUGGCGUGGUGCAGUUUGUGUCAGUGUUUAAAGUUGCUUACAGUAACGAUGGAGAGUCAUGGAGUAUGGUGAAGGACGAGAACACCGACAAUGAUAAGCUUUUCCAAGGCAACACUGACAACAACACCCAUAAGAAGAAUGUAUUUGAGCCUCCUUUCUAUGCCCGAUAUGUUCGAGUGGUCCCCUGGGAAUGGCACGAGCGCAUCUCUCUACGCAUGGAGCUGCUGGGCUGCGAUGACUAGAAACUCAUCAAUAGCCAUUUAACAGUGCUCCAUCCUCAUCCAGCUGCUCCAUCGCCUCAGACCACAGCAGAGAAUGGAUCUUGAACAGAAUCAUCUGUUUUGUAUUCCAGGGAGAUUGUGCUUGCUGAGUAGCUUGGACUUUAACACUUGUAGCACUUUUGGACUAGUGACUUUUUUAUGUUUAUGUUAAUACAAUUGUUUGACGUUUAAGCUUGUAAGUGCUCAUAGAGUCCCUCUGUUAAGUAUCCAUGCUUUUAAGAGUUUUUGAUCUUCACAGAAUUUGCACAGAUUUGCUCUUAGUCUGUAUUAUUCGCUCCUUCGUCAAAGUUGAAGUUGAAAGUUUAAAACUUUUUCUGUCCUACCUUUGCAGCCCCACACCAGGGAAUAACCUUGCUAUUUUUUGUAGUUGUAACAGUCCUCAGGAGACAGAGGACAAACAUCCUCACCAGCAUACUCACUAUGUCUAUUGUCCAGCUGCUGUUAUUCAAGCACAAACUAGCAUAAUGAUGCAGGGCCUGUGCAAUAUAUUGUAUAUUUUGGCAUCCAACAAUCCUCUUAAGAGAAAAUAUUAAUGAUUAAAAUUUUCAAAUUUGAACUGCAGCACACAGAUGAAGUCAAUCAACUGAUUGAAUGACAAACUCUAGGGCUUUUUGCAUUAAGUUUUUCAUGUGAUGUCUGUUUUUACACAUUUUAGCAGGUUUUUCUGUUUCAUUCUUACAUAUAAUUUCAUUUUAAUUGAAUCCUUUUUACAACAAAUGUGAAAUAUGUAGAAAAUAAACAUUAUUUUACAUUCUUUUUUAAAAUUCAUUGUUGGUCUUGAACUGAGAUCAUUUAUUAAAUGCUAAAAGAA